AGAAUGAGACUGUCUCAAAACAAACGAAAAACCCAACGAAACAUAUGACUGUAUUCAUUAAUUUAGUGAUGUAGGUAGACCUAAAAAAUUAAGACUGAUUUAAAGAACAGCUCAGGGCAAGUCUUGCUCACCUGACCUCCUUCUGCCCCCCAAACCCCAACAGAAGAUAUGCUUAUCUAGGAAACCUGAAGUGGGAUCGGGGAGGACUGUGAGAUCGCAGGCGCCGCCCCACAGCUAGGCCCCAGAUGAGAGCUCCCGCAGGCCUUCAUAAUCCUGAGCCCUCAGCCGACGACGUUCAGGGACCAGCGGGCGAAGAGCUAGGACAGGGCGGCCCCGCCUCCAGCAGGCAGCAGAACUGGGUUUCUGGCGUCGGCCGAGAUACCUCGGAGCAGUUCCGCCUUGGGCUGCGGUCUGCGCAGCCGCAGAAAGCCGCGCCCAGUUUUUCAGCCCAUUGCCACGACAGCGGCGGCAUGGCGGGCGCAGAGCUGAGGGCGGCGCUCGAGCAGCAGCUCGGUGCUCUGGCCAUCCACACCGAGGUCGUGGAGCACCCCGAGGUGUUUACAGUUGAAGAAAUGAUGCCUCAUAUCCAGCAUUUGAAAGGAGCACAUAGUAAGAACUUAUUUCUUAAAGACAAAAAGAAAAAGAGUUACUGGCUGGUGACAGUUCUUCAUGAUAGACAAAUUAAUUUAAAUGAGCUUGCCAAGCAGUUAGGUGUUGGGAGUGGAAAUCUGCGGUUUGCUGAUGAAACAGCCAUGCUAGAAAAACUCAAAGUUGGUCAAGGCUGUGCCACACCCUUGGCACUUUUCUGUGAUGCUGGAGAUGUGAAGUUUGUUCUGGAUUCUGCUUUUCUGGAAGGUGGACAUGAAAAGGUGUACUUUCAUCCAAUGACCAAUGCUGCAACCAUGGGAUUGAGCCCUGAAGACUUUCUCACAUUUGUGAAGAAGACAGGACAUGAUCCCAUAAUACUAAAUUUUGAUAAAAACAACUAGUUGGGCCAAUGUUUAGAAUAAAUUUCUUUCUAAAA